AAUAAACGGCACAAGAAGCGUUCGAAAAAAAGCUAACAAAAACAAUAAAAGAUUAAGACGAGAGCAAGGAUUUUAUUCAAUGAUUCUGGUGUACACAAAAAUUUUACUCAAUGGUUGUGUUAUAUAUAACGAGGGUGGACACUCUUUAUUUAUGACUGAAUCCUUCUUACAAAACGUUAGAGCCCUUGGACCCAAUAAAAUAUUUUAAUUUUCUUUAAUUCCCAACUAUUCUCUAUUUUCUUUCUUAGUUUCUUAUAUAUUAGACUUGGGCUAGAAUUACCACAUUGGGUCCAAUACGUCGCCGUUUUGGGUUAUCUUUUGUGUUUUUCCUUUUCUUCGUCCCUCGAUUGAACGACUCCGAAAACCUUCUCCCCAUAUCUGUUCGAGACCAAAAAAAAAAAAAGGAAGAUUCAGAUGAUGAUGAACUGGAUUCUUUUUUGGUGUCUAAUCACCCUCCCACUCGCCACAAUACUUUUAUUUGCUUCGAAAAUUCUCAGCCGCCGACGAAAUAAGAAAAGAGCCGUCGGAUUCUUCCAUCCCUACACCAACGAUGGCGGCGGCGGAGAGAGAGUCCUGUGGUGCGCCGUUAAAGCCAUCCAAGAAGAAAACCCCGAUCUCGAUUCCGUUAUCUUCACUGGCGACCACGACGCCUCCUCUCAGUCUCUAAUGUCUCGCGCCACCGAUCGCUUUGGCGUCCACCUCCUUUAUCCACCAAAAGUGGUGCAUUUGAAUAAAAGAAAAUGGAUUGAAGAAACAACGUACCCACAUUUUACAAUGAUCGGUCAAAGCUUGGGAUCAGUUUAUUUAUCAUGGGAAGCCUUAAGCAAGUUCACACCUUUGUAUUAUUUUGAUACGAGUGGAUACGCUUUUACAUACCCAAUUGCUCGUUUAUUUGGAUGCAAGGUCAUUUGCUAUACACAUUAUCCUACAAUCAGUUUAGACAUGAUUUCUCGAGUUCGUCAACGAACCUCUAUGUACAAUAAUGAUGCCUUGAUUGCUAAAAGCAUGUGGCUAUCCCGGUGUAAAAUUAUCUAUUAUACAGUGUUUAUCUGGAUGUAUGGAAUGGUGGGCUCUUGUGCACAUCUUGUAAUGGUUAACUCUUCAUGGACUCUGUCUCACAUUGAGAAGCUUUGGAGAAUUCCUGAGCGUAUUAAGCGAGUUUAUCCACCUUGUGAUACUUCAGGACUUCAGGCACUUCCUUUGGAAAGAUCAGUGGAAACUCCAAAAAUUAUAUCUGUUGCUCAAUUUCGUCCAGAGAAGGCACAUGGUCUUCAACUUGAGGCCUUCUCUGCUGCCAUAAAAAAACUAGAUGAAGACUUGCCAAGACCUAAGCUCCAGUUUGUGGGUAGUUGUCGAAAUAAAUCAGAUGAGGAAAGACUUCAGAAUUUGAAAGAAAAAGCAGUGCAAUUAAACAUUUAUGAAGAUGUGGAGUUCCAUAAAAAUUUGAUGUAUAGGGACUUGGUAAGACUUUUGGGUGGUGCUGUUGCUGGAAUCCACUCUAUGAUAGAUGAGCACUUUGGCAUUAGUGUUGUAGAGUUCAUGGCUGCAGGAGCCAUACCAAUUGCUCAUAAUUCUGCUGGCCCCAAAAUGGACAUUGUUUUGGAUGAAGAUGGACAACAAACAGGAUUUCUUGCUCAAAGUAUAGAAGAAUAUGGAGAUGCAAUCCUGAAAAUUCUAAGGAUGCCCGAGGCUGAAAGACUCAAGAUAGCUGCAGCUUCAAGGAGAAGAGCCAACAGGUUUUCUGAGCGAAGAUUUUAUGAUGAUCUCAAAGCCGCCAUCCGACCAGUUAUUUGUCAUUCUUCCUAGUGAUAAGGGUUGCAAUAGAAUCACACUUUUUUUGGGGGCCAAAACAAUAGUCACACUGACAUAGAAAACAGUUGGUUGUAAUAUAUUUUUCUUCUUAGUCAACAAAAUUGGUAUACUGUUAAUUUU